CUUCAGUAGUCAGACAAGUGAACGAGGAAAGCAGCGGUGCAGUUCUGAAAAAUCAAGAAGAGGCAGAACAGGACUUUACUUCUAGAACAUUUACCAUCGAGACAACUUUCAACUUUCAGGCACUAGUUCAAGAUGUCAUCAGCAAAAGGUGCUUCCAUCGGUAUUGACCUGGGUACCACCUACUCCUGUGUGGGGGUGUUCCAGCAUGGAAAGGUGGAGAUCAUCGCCAACGACCAGGGCAACAGGACCACCCCGAGUUACGUGGCCUUUACAGACACAGAAAGACUGAUUGGCGAUGCUGCGAAAAAUCAGGUGGCCAUGAACCCCAACAACACCGUCUUUGAUGCCAAGCGUCUGAUUGGACGAAAGUUUGAUGAGCCCGUCGUGCAGUCUGACAUGAAGCACUGGCCCUUCCAAGUAAUCAGUGACGGAGGAAAGCCCAAAGUUCAAGUGGAGUACAAAGGAGAAAACAAAACAUUUUACCCAGAAGAGAUCUCCUCCAUGGUCCUGGUGAAGAUGAAGGAGAUUGCUGAGGCCUACCUGGGGCAGAAAGUAAACAAUGCCGUCAUCACUGUACCUGCCUACUUCAACGACUCACAGCGCCAGGCCACCAAGGAUGCUGGAGUGAUCGCUGGACUGAAUGUGCUUAGGAUCAUCAACGAGCCCACAGCAGCAGCCAUUGCUUAUGGACUGGACAAAAGCAAGAGUGGUGAACGUAAUGUCCUCAUCUUUGACUUGGGUGGUGGCACCUUCGAUGUUUCUAUCCUGACCAUUGACGAUGGCAUCUUUGAGGUGAAAGCCACAGCUGGGGACACUCACCUGGGUGGGGAAGAUUUUGAUAAUCGCAUGGUGGAUCACUUUGUGGAGGAGUUCAAGAGGAAGUUUAAGAAAGACAUCAGCCAGAACAAGAGGGCACUGAGGCGGCUGCGCACAGCAUGCGAGAGGGCCAAGAGAACUCUGUCCUCCAGCACCCAGGCCAGCAUUGAGAUCGACUCUCUUUAUGAAGGCAUUGAUUUCUACACCUCCAUCACCAGAGCUCGCUUUGAGGAGAUGAACUCCGACCUCUUCAGGGGAACCCUUGAGCCUGUGGAGAAGGCCCUGAGAGAUGCCAAGCUGGACAAGUCACAAAUUCAUGACAUCGUCUUGGUGGGAGGUUCCACCAGAAUCCCUAAAAUCCAGAAGCAGCUGCAGGAUUUCUUCAACGGAAGGGAGCUGAACAAGGGCAUCAACCCUGACGAGGCAGUGGCCUAUGGUGCUGCAGUCCAGGCUGCCAUUCUCAUGGGCGACAAGUCUGAGAACGUCCAGGACCUCCUGCUGCUGGAUGUGGCCCCGCUGUCUCUGGGCAUCGAGACGGCUGGAGGAGUCAUGACUGCCCUCAUCAAGCGCAACACCACCAUCCCCACCAAACAGACCCAAACCUUCACCACCUACUCAGACAACCAGCCCGGGGUCCUGAUCCAGGUGUAUGAAGGAGAGAGAGCCAUGACCAAGGACAACAACCUGCUGGGCAAGUUUGAUCUGACUGGGAUCCCUCCGGCCCCACGUGGAGUUCCCCAGAUUGAGGUGACCUUUGACAUUGAUGCUAACGGAAUCCUCAAUGUGUCGGCAGUGGACAAAAGCACUGGUAAAGAGAACAAGAUAACCAUUACAAAUGACAAAGGCAGGUUGAGCAAAGAGGACAUUGAGAAGAUGGUGCAGGAUGGAGAGAAAUACAAAGCAGAAGAUGACGCUCAGAGAGAAAAGGUUGCUGCCAAGAACUCCCUGGAGUCCUAUGCGUUCAACAUGAAGAGCAGCGUUGAGGAUGAUAACAUGAAGGGCAAAAUCAGUGAGGAGGACAAGAAAACCGUUGUUGAGAAGUGCAACCAGGCCGUUUCCUGGCUGGAGAACAACCAGAUGGCCGAGAAGGAGGAGUACGAGCACCAGCAGAAGGAGCUGGAGAAGGUGUGCAACCCCAUCAUCUCCAAACUGUACCAGGGAGGCAUGCCAGGAGGAAUGCCAGCAGGAGCUCAGCCAAGCAGCGGUCCAGGGGCCAGUUCACAGGGCCCCACUAUUGAGGAGGUGGACUAAGAUGGACUUUGGAAUGUAUAUGAUAAUGCACAUGAAACCCAUUACAGGGACAUGCACUGGACUGUUGAAAUGUCACUUUUGCAUUGUGUGCCGUGCUCUUAUUUGUCCAAUUCUAUGAGUUGAAAAGUGUUAAUGUAUUUAAUUUACUGAUUAGAUCUCAUUUUCUUUUUUUCAAAAUGGUAAAUACUUCUCACUUUAUAUGCAUCUGCACUUUACAUGUUAAUAAAAAUGGUCUUACA